ACAAGGAUGGUUGGGAUUUGGGGUCCCUUGGGGAUAGGCAAAACAACAAUAGCAAGAGCCAUAUACAAUCAGAUUUCAAGAAACUUCCAGCGCAGUGUCUUCAUGUAUAAUGUCAAAAGAAGUUACAAGAGUUAUGAUUCUGACAUGGAUACUUCAAUGCAGAGGUUGCAGAGAGAGUUCCUUUCAAAGAUUUUGAACCAUAAGGAUAUGGAGAUAGAGCAUUUAAGUACAGCUCAAGAAAGGUUGAAGUACCAGAAAGUCCUUGUUGUUCUUGACAAUGUGGAUAAGAUAGAGCAACUAAAAGCUUUGGCAGAGGACACUCACUGGUUUGGUCAAGGAAGUAGGAUCAUCGUGACAACAGACGAUAAAAAUCUCUUGGAAAGACAUGGGAUCGAUCAUAUAUAUCCAGUGAAAUUCCCAUCUCAAGAUGAAGCUCUAAAGAUUUUUUCUCACUAUGCUUUUCCAAAAAAUCCUCCCCCAGAGGAAUAUUUGAAGCUUGCAGCUGAAGUAACAGAACUAACAAGUCAUCUUCCAUUAGGCCUAUGUGUUCUUGGCAAUGCAUUGUGUGGAAAGAGCAUGAGCAGGUGGGCUGAUGAACUAUCUAGGAUCAAAGAAAGUCUCAACAGGGACAUUGAACAAGUCCUAAUAGUUGGUUACAAUGGCUUAGAUGAUAAAGUCAAAGCUAUAUUUCUCCACAUUGCUUGUUUAUUUGAAGGCAAAAGAGUUGAUUCUGUGAUGCAGUUUCUUGGAAACUGUGGUCUAGAUGUCAAAUUUGGACUUGAGGUUCUUGUUGAAAGAGCUCUCAUAAGUAUACUGAGUGACGAAAUCAUUAUAAUGCACCGUUUGCUAAGACAGCUGGGCAGAGAGAUUGUUGAUAAACACUCUAUUCACUUGUCUAUGAGAUGCCGGUUCUUGAUAGCUGCUUUUUACAUCUUCAAUGUUGUUGUUGAUAGUAUUGUCACUGGAGCUGUGUUAGCCAAAUCAAAAGUCACACUCGCAAGUGAGAAAACCCUAAGUUUCUGCAGAGAUGUGGUGGAUAAGGGGAAAAUAUUGGCCAAGAUAAUCUGGGAUGGAAUCAAUGUCUUGGUUUUGUUCAUGUUUUAUCUCCUUAAGGGUGCCUUCCUGUCCAUCAUGAGUAUGCCCACUGCUGCAUUUGAACAUCCGUUUUGGAAAAUCAAGAAGAGACUUUCCCAUCUGAAACCCAGCAAAGAGGUGAACUGCUCUGUGGAGGGUUCCAAGGAGCUAGUCAAAGAGGGGAAUUGCUCUGUGGAGGGUUCCAAGGAGCUAGGAGACAACAUUUCACCAGAUUUCUUGCUCAUGUAAACUACUUACACAAUGCUAAAAACUUUGGCAACUAGUUUGAUUUGGAACUGAGCUUAUAAGUCGUGUGUGUAUCUUUGACUUAAUGCAAUUUCUGAGCUAAUAGGGCUUGUGAGUGUUCAAGGGGAAUACAUAAU